CCUCGCUCCCGAGUCUCGACCCACGCGGCGGCGGCUGCUGCUGCUACAGGUUUAUACGGAUUCAAAGAUCUUCCUCCCGUUCUUCCCCUUCCUAUUCCUCCCGCGACGCUUCGGGCCUCCGAGUUUUCUUCUAGCGCGUCUUGUCUCCUUGGCUCGUCUCAGAUCGAUUCGCUCUGUCUCGUAGCCACCUCCGCGGCGGUCGCCGAGAUUGCCGUCGGGUCGCCACCGCCGGGUUUGGAGAGAUGCAGCGGUGCCACGGAAAGGACAAGGCGGCUACCAGCGCGACGCCGCACCACGCAAAGGGCAAGGCGGCCGCGAGUGCGAUGCCGUACCACGCAAAGGAUAAGGCUGCUACUUGCAGCGCGAUGGGGCCGAAGCAUGUCCUCGCAGACGAGAACAUCGUGCAGGAGCACUUAGCACCUCCGGAUCGAAUUCGACAGAGGGGUUUGGAUAGUGCAAAGGAGAGAUCAUCAUCGCUGGUUAUGGGCUUCCGUAGAGAGAUGUCGCAAAAGCGAGGGGAGAAGGUGGAUACAACCUCAAUUCAUCAGAAGCAUAAUGCAAAGGAGAAGACUUGCCCCCCUGAUCUGCUCCGCCGGCAGACGCAGGGUAUCCAGCGGCCUGUCAAGAGUCUUGCCGGAGAGAUGUCGCUGAAGCAAAGGGAGAAGGUGGGUACAGGCCUGAUUCCACAGGCGCAUAAUGCAAAGGAGAAGACAUGCCCCCCUGAUCAACUCCGCUGGCAGACGCAGGGUAUCCAGCGGCCUGUCAAGACUGAAGCACGACUUGCUGGAGAGAAGAAGCACAAAACUGAAGCACAUCUUGCCGGAGAGAAAAAGCACACGAAAGGCAAUGCGUCUUUUCCAGCGAAAAGAACCACUACACUACUCAAAGCAAGAACGAGUUCCCACUGUUCCGAUGAAUGUACCAGUCGUCCCAUCGAUACUAACGACCAUGGCAACACUGUUGCCACCCCGGAACAGAGGGAAGAAUCUGCCGCAAUCAAGAUAGAUAAAGAAGUGGAGUACAUAACCCAAAAGUUGAACAAGUUGGGAGUGCGAGAUGAUAUUGGCUUUGAGGAGUACUAUAAAUGCUUGAUGAAUCUGCCUUCCGACCCCUCCGUUGAUACUUCCAUCAGAUUGGAUGAUACAGAUCUUUAUGACAUGGACAUCCGCCACGCGGUGUAUCGCAUCAGAUCCUACAAGUUGUCACAAAAGGAGUCUAAGAAUGAGUUGUGCCAUGAUAAACUGAAAGAUUGCCCUGUGGAGCUUCUUGACAGGGACGAAUUUCCUACAGAUUUCCUCGUGAAGAUGCAAUAUUUUAGGUUCUUGGAGGAAGGUGUAUUAGACUGGUUCUUCCACCCUGAACUCUGCAAGCUUGCUUGCCUGAAUGACUACCAGCGUCUAGUGCCUCAGGAUCAUGUACGUAUAUAAACUGAUCAUUGAGUGUUCCUGUAAUCAUUUAAUUGCCUUUGGUGUUCCAUUGUGUUAGUAUGGCUAUUUAGAACCAUUCAUCAUAAUUUCAACACCAUGAUAUACACAAAUGAUCUGCGUGGCCUGUUUUCAGAAAGGGUUUAAAAGUUAUCUAUUAUGUAAGGAUCUACAUUACAGAGCAAUUUAUGUGGAGUUAUUGAUGAGUUCAUGAUA